CGGGGCGGGGGAGUGAUGGCGGUGGAGAGGCGGUGGGGAGAGCGGGGCUCGGCCGUGCUGGAGCUGCCCCGCACGCCGCGGCUGGUGUGUGUGGAGUACCCGGGACUGGUGCGGGACGUCGGGGCGAUGCUGCGGACGCUGGGAGGAGAGCAGGGGGUGUCCCGGAUCUAUGCGGACCCUGCCAAAAGGCUGGAGCUGUAUUUCCGCCCCAAGGACCCCUACUGCCAUCCUGUGUGUGCCAAUCGCUUCCCCACCUCCACCAUGCUGCUCAAGGUGAAGAGGAGGACCAAGAAGAAAAAGCAGAUGGACAGUGAAGAACAAAUCCAGUCAGAAGUCCAGUUUGAAAUGGAAAUACUUGGGACUGUCACCACUGUUUACAAAUUUCAAGGAAUGUCGGAUUUCCAGUACCUGGCAAUGCACUCCGGUCCUGACGGCAAACAAACCUCCAUGUAUGACAAAGUCUUAAUGCUCAAACCAGAGAAGGAAGAAUUUUUCAAUAGAGAAUUACCGCUCUACAUCCCGCCACCAAUUUUCUCACGUCUGGACACUCCUGUUGACUAUUUUUAUCGGCCAGAUAUACAACACCGGGAGGGAUACAACAAUCCCCAGGUGUCUGGUGAGAACCUGAUUGGCCUCAGCAGGGCCCGUCGCCCGCACAACGCUAUCUUUGUGAACUUUGAUGACGAAGAAAUCCCAACCAAACCACUGGAUGCUGCCGUGCAGACCUGGAAGAAAGUGUGCACCAAUCCUGUGGAUAAAAAGGUGGAGGAAGAGCUGAGGAAGCUCUUUGAAGUCCGUCCUGUCUGGUCUCGGAAUGCAGUAAAAGCCAAUAUCAGUGUCCACCCGGACAAGCUGAAACUUCUGUUGCCGUAUUUGGCUUAUUACAUGUUAACAGGUCCUUGGAGAAGCUUAUGGGUUAGAUUUGGGUAUGACCCCAGAAAACACCCUGAAGCAAAGUUUUACCAAGUACUGGACUUCAGAAUUCGCUGUGGAAUGAAAUAUGGUUACACCCCUAACGACAUGCCUGUGAAAGCAAAACGCAGCACCUAUAACUACAGCCUGCCCAUCACUGUCAAGAAGCCAGUAAGUCAUACGGUCAGCGUACAUGAUCUGAAACAGGGCCUUGGUACGUCCGGAGCAUCCAGUGCAAAAAAGCCUGCCUCCAGCAGGUAUAAACUGAAGGAAUCCAUCUACAUUUUCCAAGAAGGAGCUUUACCCCCUUAUCGGCAGAUGUUCUACCAGCUCUGUGACUUGAAUGUGGAAAGCCUACAGAAAAUUAUCCGUCGGAAUGAUGGCACAGAGUCAGAAUGCACAGAGCGGGAUGGGUGGUGCCUUCCAAAGACUAGUGAUGAUCUGCGAGAUACCAUGUCUCUGAUGAUAAAGCAGAUAAUCAGAUCCACGAGACCUGCUCUCUUCUCAAGUACAACAAGCAGUGAAGAUGGCAAAGAGCAGCUGACAUACGAGUCUGCAGAGGAUGAGGAGGAGGAAGAGGACUUCAAGCCUUCAGAUGGGAGUGAAAAUGAAAUGGAAACAGAAAUUCUGGACUAUGUGUGAACUUACUGAGCAGUCUGGCUGCUGUUGGACAGAACAGUCUCUGCUCUUGUUCCUUGAGUGCCGAGGGGUCAGCAACCAUGCCCAGGAUGUGGGAAAGCAGAACUUGCACUAAGAUGCUGACAACCCGUCUGCACCAACUGCAGUAGCUGCUGAUGGCCGUCAUUCCUGAUGUCAGGGAGCCAUUGCCUACAUUUUCAUAACUGCUGGCUAAGAAGCCCUCAAGCACCCUCAGCAAACUCCCAAGAGAGAGCCCAGCAUCCAAACCAGCUGGCACUACACCUGAAACGAGGAGAAGUUGCAUUCCCAGCACUCCAUGUGUGGGAAGUGGGCUGUGGCUGGGUUGGUGGCCACGUGGAAAAUAGAAGAGGUGGCUGAGGAGGUGCUGGGGGAAGCACUCCGGUGCUACUGGAGUCCCCACGGCAGGUGCUGCCCUUCUGCUUGUCCAAGGGGAAUGAAACCACUGUGCCAUGCCUUCAGCAUCCAGCCUCGCUGGUGGUCUUGGAAAUAAAGCCAGCAGGAAAACACG